UUGGCUAUCUUCAUUUUCUAGAUCUAGAUUACUAUAUCUCUAAAUUAGUAAAUUAGUAUCUACUAUCUUGAGUAACAAAUUAUUAGUGACUAAUCAAAUCUAGAUCUAGAAUCUAGAUCUAGAUCUAGAUUUGCUGUCCAUUUCCGAUUUCUAGGCAAAGAUUAUAUAGGACCUUAACAAGUUAGCGCAGGCCUUGACUUGUGCCAGUUUAGAUUUUUUGUAUGGCAUUGAUCAUCAGCAGAACAGUAAGGUUGCUGAGAGUCAAUAUUUUACAGACCUGUUCCAUUUUAUCUCAAACUUUGCAGUCUGGAAAGAGUUUUAGCUCUGCAGCCAUGAGUGGACUUUCAAAAGUUUACAAUGAGUGUGACAUCAUCAAGUCUGCAGCAGACACUAGAAAGUACAGAGGUCUGGAGCUGACCAAUGGGAUGAAAGUCCUUCUCAUCUCCGACCCAGAAACUGAUAAAUCCUCAGCUGCUAUGGAUGUAAAUAUAGGUCACCUAAAGGAUCCAGAUGAUCUCCCUGGCCUGGCCCACUUCUGUGAACACAUGCUGUUUUUAGGUACAGAGAAGUACCCAGAAGAAAAUGAGUAUAACAAGUUUCUGAGUGAACAUGGUGGCAUGUCUAAUGCCUUCACUACACUGGAGCACACCAACUAUUACUUUGAUGUUUCACCUGACUACUUACCUGGAGCUCUUGAUAGAUUUUCCCAGUUUUUCUGCUGUCCACUCUUCACCCCAUCAGCCACUGGUCGUGAGGUCAACGCUGUGGACAGUGAAAACAGUCGCAACUUGCAGAGUGACCCAUGGAGACUGUUUCAACUAGACAAAUCUCUGGCCAGACCAGACCAUGAUUUCAGCAAAUUUGGGACAGGCAAUAAAGAUACGCUGGAGACUAUCCCCAAGUCCAAAGGCAUUGACACGCGGGAUGAACUGCUCAAGUUCCACAGCCAGUAUUAUUCCUCUAACAUCAUGAGUCUGUGCGUGCUGGGGAGGGAAUCUCUGGAUGAACUCAGUCAGAUGGUUGUGCCCCUCUUCCAGCAGACUGUCAACAAGAACGUGGCAGUCCCCAGGUGGGAUGAUCCCCCAUAUACCAGCAACCAACUGCAGUGUAUUGUUCAUGCCAUCCCAGUGAAAGACAUCAGAGAGAUGUCAGUUGUAUGGCCAACUCCAGAUCUUAGUGAACAUUAUAAAGCUAAUCCAGGUCAUUAUUUGGGUCACCUUCUUGGUCAUGAAGGCUCCGGCAGCCUUUUGUCAGAACUGAAAGCACGAGGAUGGGCCAACACUUUAGUGGGAGGACAAAAGUCUGGAGCCAAGGGAUUUUCUUUCUUUUCUGUUGCCAUUGAUCUGACGGAGAAAAGCCAAGAUUGUAUUGAGGACAUCAUCACCCUCAUCUACCAGUACAUCAACAUGCUGAGGAGGGAAGGAGCUCAAAAGUGGAUUUUUAAAGAAUGUCAGGACCUGGCUGCAAUGGCGUUCAAUUUUAAAGACAAGGAGAUACCUAAGGCCUGCACCAGCAAUUUAGCAAGCAGAAUGCAGGAGUUCCCUAUGAAAGAUGUUCUAAGUGCCUAUGCCCUGUUUGAUGACUUUAGACCAGACCUGAUCCAGCAGCUGCUAGACAAGCUUGUCCCCAGUAACAUGAGGGUGACUGUAGUGUCUAAAAAGUUUGAAGCUCUAGCAGACCAGACAGAGAAAUGGUACGGGACACAAUACAAGGUGACCAGGCUCUCUCCAGACCAGAUCCAGAAAUGGGCAGACAGUGGCCUACAUGAAAACCUGCGACUUCCUGCACAAAAUGAAUUCAUUCCAAGCAACUUCCAGCUGGUGUCCAGGGAAAUUGAUACAAAUGGCGCACCAGAUAUUAUCAAGAACACCGCCUUCAGUAGGUUGUGGUUCAAACAAGAUGACAAAUUUCUCAAACCUAAAGCUUGCGUCAACUUUGAUUUUAUAAGCCCAAUAGCGUACACAGACCCACUCCACACUAAUUUGAAUUCUCUAUUCACUCAACUCUUUGACGACGCACUCACUGAGUACUCUUACAUGGCUGAGAUAGCAGGACUCAAAUACAGUCUGGAUAGUUCUGUGUAUGGGCUUACGCUGACCAUUAAAGGCUACAAUGACAAGCUGCCUAUUCUCCUAGAAAAAAUUGUGGAAAAGAUGGCGUCUUUCAAGGUGGAUCCCACUAGGCUGGAGAUAUUUAAAGACAUUCAUGGGAGAAAUUUGCGCAACUUUCAAGCUGAGCAGCCUCAUCAGCACGCCAUCUACUACACUAAUGUACUCACCUCCGAGUCCCUGUGGACCAAAGAUGAACUGCUACAAGCUUUAGAAGAUGUAACAUUGGAGAACCUGACAGUCUUCAUCAAACAACUGCUGGGUAGACUUUACAUUGAAGCUCUUAUCUACGGCAAUGUCACGCGAUCACAAGCCCAUGAGAUGAUGGACCUGGUGGAAAAAAUUCUGAUGGAGAACUGCAAGUCUAAACCACUUUUGGCCAGCCAGCACAGAAAGCUGAGGGAGGUCCAGUUGCCAGAUGGCUGUUACUUUUUAUACAAGCAGAAGAACCUGGUACAUGAGAGCUCUAGUGUGGAAGUUUACUACCAAUGUGGUCUGCAGAACACAGAGAGCAACAUGCUGUUAGAGCUCUUCUGUCAGGUGAUUAGUGAACCAUGUUUCAACAUACUGAGGACUAAAGAGCAACUUGGCUACAUUGUCUUCAGUGGUGUCAGACGCUCCAAAGGUGUCCAGGGUCUGCGGGUCAUUGUCCAGUCCUCCAAACCAGCCCAGUACGUCGAGGAGAGGAUUGAGGCCUUCAUACAAAAAAUGGAGGAGGUGCUAGACAAGAUGUCAGAUGAGGAGUUGAGCAAACAUGUCAUGGCACUCUCCACCAAGAGACUGGAGAAACCCAAGAAACUUAUUCAACAGAACAACAAGUACUGGACUGAGAUCAUUUCAAAUUACUACAACUUUGAUCGAGAUGCAAUAGAAGUUGCUUUCUUGCAGAAGUUAACAAAAGAUGAUUUACUCCAAUUUUACAAGGAAAAAAUCGCACUUGAUGCCCCUAACCGGCACAAACUUUGUGUUUAUGUUCUGUCCAACACAUCAGAUGAGACGCCCCCUGUGCUAGAGGCCGAUGGCUUUAUACCUGCACCCAAGUUGCCACAGCCUAGUGUGGUAACAGAUGUCAUGGAGUUUAAAAGAGACUUGGGGCUGUAUCCCCUGGCUAAGCCAUGCAUUGAUCUGACCAAAGCCAAACUUUAGAGAUCUCUGUAUUGAUUGCAUUGACCAAAGUUAAGUUAUUUCAAAUUUUGAUUCUUCCUGCCAUCAACACGUUGGAGACAUGCAGCAGAGGCCAACAUAGAGCAACCAUCCCUCAUUGGCGACACAAAGCAUUAUGUGAACAUCAACUUUAAACUGCAGCCCAAUAUUGAUUUCUAUGAAUAUUUGAUGCCAUUACCCCAUGUUUAAAAUACCUUUGUAUUCUCUUGAAACAUUUGAUGCUACAACUCUCCUCUGAAGGAGUAUCCAAUGACUGUCUAAAUAGCACAUGGGAGCCCUGCUAUUUAUAGGUGACCAUCUCAGUCCACCAUUUUCUUUCUUACCAGAAUGUUUGCUUGUUGAUUUGUUUUUUUAGUCAGGUGAUAAGAUCUUUUCAUAUUAUUCAAGUUUUUAAAAGUAAUGUACAGGGUAUAA